GAUCACUUGAAGGUGGAUCCUAUUUUUGUCUUGGUAUUCCAGCUUUUCAUGUAUAAUAGUUUCUUCCCAUCUCCUUUUCCUUCCUAAAUCGGGCUGUGCUCGGGCCCACCACAGUCGCUGAACAAUAUCAGAGGCCUAGAAAUAAGCCAGCCCAGGGAGCAGCUCCGUCUCCCCGCAAGCUCCACCUCACUCGGGACUGCAGCCAAAGGGACCAGGAAGUGGAGGGAAGGGAGACUCGGACACACCCUCUCCUGCUCUAUAAGUCUCUGGUCUCCCUUUUUCCCGCUUUUCACUUCUCAGGAGGCCUUUGUGAUCCCGGAGCUGAAGCUGAAGGACACGACUCAGGCAAAAAAAAGCCAUGACAAUGUCUCCAUCAGAUGAUUUUGAGGUCCUAGUGAAAGGGCUAAAGAAUUGGAAUCUCCCCAAUGGCCCUAUCCCUUGUGAAUUGCUGCUGGUGGGUGAAGCUGCCUUUCCAGUACUGGUGAAUCAGAAUGGCCAGGUCCUCAUUGCUGCCUCCCGUUAUGGCCAGGGCCGAAUGGUGGUCAUGUCCCAUGAAGGCUAUCUGCAAGAUAGCAUGUUGGCUCAGUUUCUUUGCAAUGCUGUGGCCUGGCUCAACCGUAGACCAGGAACUGCUAUUGGAGUGCACACAUCUGUGAAACCUCUCACUGGUAUUCUCCGUGACUCUGGGAUGGAGGUGCAGACCAUGAAUGGCCUUGAGGACUCCCUAGGAGUUUACUGCGUCAAUGCCUAUGAUGGCACCUUGGCCAAAGAGAUGAUUCAAUUUGUGAAAAAUGGUGGGGGCUUACUCGUUGGGGGCCAAGCUUGGUACUGGGCAAGUCAACAUGGACAUGACAAGGUUCUGUUCAACUUCCCUGGGAACCAGGUGACCAGUGUAGCUGGUGUGUACUUCACAGAUACCUGUGGAAAUACAGAUGUCCUCAAGGUCUCUAAGAAAGUACCUAAAAUUCCACUGACAGUCAGGUUUGGGCAGGACCUCUCUCAGGACCAACAGCAGCUCUUGGAUGGAAUCACAGAACUGGAUAUCAAUACUGGUGGACAGCCUUCUCAGCUUCUGGUUCAUGGAGCCUUGGCCUUCCCUCUUGGGCUAGAUUCUUCCCUUGAUUGCUUCCUGGCAGCUGCUCGCUAUGGCCGAGGUCGAGUAGUGCUUGCUGCUCAUGAGGGCAUGCUCUCUGCUCCCAAGCUGGGCCCUUUUCUAUGCAAUGCUAUUACCUGGCUGGCAGGGGGACAAACAGGCAGAAUUGGGGUUAAUCCUAAUCUUAAAAAACUGUGUCCCCUGGUGUCUGAAAGAGGCCUGAAAUGCAGCUUAGAAUCCCAUCUGACCUCUGAUUUAAGUGUUUACUGCUGUUCAGCCUACAGCAACCAAGAGGCAAGGAAGCUGCAUGAGUUUGUGGCAGAGGGUGGAGGGUUACUGACUGGGGGCCAAGCCUGGUGGUGGGCCUCUCAGAAUCCUGGCAAGACUGCUGUGGCUGAUUAUCCUGGAAACCACAUCCUCAACCCCUUUGGCCUUAGCAUCCUAGGUUGUAGUCUAAAAAGUGGCCGAUUUCCUGUCCUUGUGCCUGGUAAGGAGAUCUAUCACUUCCGCUCAGCAUUGUCUCAGUUCCAGGAUGAAGUAAAAGGAAGCAAGAUCUUGGCAGAAGGCUGGCAGUGCAAGCUAAGGAAGGACUGUGGGGCCUUCCUGAAGAUUCCUGCAGAAGAAAUCCCUGCCUAUGCCUCCCUACAUAGAUUCUUGAGGAAGGUGCUCAAACAAACUGGUCUCCCACAUGUCAGCGAGCAUCAUCCUGUGCACAGUGAUUCCUGUGAGGCCACCCUGCUCUGUAUGGCUACUGAGCUUGCCCGAAGUGGGACUGAUUGCUUUUCACUGGUCCACCGAGCUAGUAAUGGGACUUGUCCUUCCCAACUGUACUCCCUAGGACCCCCUGUCACCAUAGAGAUCAAUGGUACCAGUCCAGAUGUUACUGUAUGGGUGAGCACUGGACUCUACCUCCCUGAAGGCUUUACUGCAAACAUCAUGAUGCCAUGCGAUGCCACUACUGGCCUACAGGUACAAAUCGGCUGCCACUCUGAUGAUCUCAAUGAGGCCAAGAAGCUUUGCCGAGCACCUGUGGUGAUUCACCGACGCUGCCUGGACAGACCAGAGCUGUCAGUCUCCUCCCUCUGGGGGGGCCUCAUCUAUGUACUCGUGCCCAAAGGCAGUAAGCUGGGUCCUGUGUCAAUCACCAUCACUGGAGCUGUGCCUGCUCCUUACUUCAAGCUGGGGAAGACAUCUCUGGAGGAGUGGAAGAGCUCCAUCCGCCACAACCCAGUGCCCUGGGGGGAGCUGGCGACAGACAAUAUCAUCCUCACGGUGCCAUCUGAAUAUCUUCAAGACCUAGAAAACCCAGAGCCAUUGCUUCAUCUCUGGGAUGAGAUGAUGGGAGCCAUAGCCAGACUUGCAUCAAUAAGCUUCCCUUUCUCUCGGCCUGAGAGGAUUGUGGCUGAUGUACAGAUCUCAGCUGGCUGGAUGCAUUCUGGAUACCCCAUCAUGUGCCACAAAAAGUCAGCAGAGGAAAUAGUCGCUGUGAAGAAAAUAAGGUCUAAUGGCCUCUGGGGCCCCAUCCAUGAGCUGGGCCACAACCAGCAACGACAGGUCUGGGAGUUCCCCCCACAUACAACUGAGGCUACCUGCAACUUGUGGUCUGUCUAUGUACAUGAGACGGUGCUAGGCAUCCCCCGCAGCCAGGCCCACCCUGCACUGAAUCCCUCAAAUAGAGAGACCAGAGUACAAGAAUACCUGAAAAAAGGGGCUCCCCUAAAAGAAUGGAGUGUUUGGACAGCACUGGAGACCUAUCUGCAGCUACAGGAGGCCUUUGGCUGGGAGCCUUUCAGCCAGAUCUUCACUCAGUAUCAUACUUUAUCUGGGGUGCCUAAUGACAAUGCUGGCAAGAUGAACCUGUGGGUAAAACAGUUCUCUCACCAAGUGCAGAGGAAUCUGGCUCCUUUCUUCCAGACCUGGGGCUGGCCCGUCAAGGCCGAGGUGGCUGCUUCCUUGACUUCCCUGCCAGAAUGGCAAGAGAACCCCAUGAAUGUCUACCUUCUCAUGAAGGAUUAAGAGAUGGCCAGCAGGGCCUGUGUGUGUCUGUCGGCAGGAUAAGUCUCCAUCUCUAAAACUCAGUCUAUGGAUUGGGUAGGAAAUCUUCUGAGUCAGCCCCAUUCAUUCAGCAAAUAUUUAUUGAUCAUCUUUGAUAUUCAGGAUACUAUAGGUGGUAUGAGGGAGUAGAGUCAUCAGGAGUGCACCACCUAUCUGAAGGCAAAAAAAAAGAAGAACCACAUGGAAAGUUGUACAUCAAUACAAGUUAGGUAACAAUGAGGAUAUUUCUUCCCCUUCUGCCUCCAAAAGGGGCUUCAGAACCUAUCACAAAUUGGCACCAAAUAUUCCUUCUCUGGGGAUCUGUUUUUGAUUUAAAUAUGCUAUUAUUCAUCAAUAUAGUAUAAUGGAGAUACCACUGGAUUUGGUGUCAAGACUUUGGCUUGAAUCCUCUUCUCCAUCUAGUACCUGUGUAAUGUUCGGGAAGUUAUUUAAUCUCUCUGGGCCUCGAUUUCCCUAUCUUUCAAAUAAGAGAAUUGGACAUGAUGACCUCUAAGAUCCCUUUGUCUCUAAACCUAUGAUCAUAUGAAAUUCCUUCCUGAUCCUGGAACAGCACAACCCCGAGACAAGUUCAACUCAUCUUUUUAGGAAUCUGAAAAUAUUUUGUCUGCGCUUUUAUUUUUGAUCCAUUAUUCUAAAUAUCUGGAUAUGGUCCCAAACUGAGACAUAAAUUUAUCAUAAGGAUAAGCAGGCUCUUAACUGGUUGUCACAGCUAGUUCAUCCCCAACCUCUGAUAGCACCUGUAUAUACAGAGUGUCCCAAAAGUCUUAGCAAACUUUUAAACUUCUGAAAGCUUAAGCUCCAUGAAGACUUUUGGGAUACCCUGGAUAAUCUUAGGGAGCCCAAGUGACAUGUCAUACCUCUUCUGAUCAAACUUGCAUUUUAAGUGAUACUCAGCAACUUCUCUAAGUUUUUGAGGUGCAGUUUCAGAAGGAUCUAGUCUAUUCAAUAAGAUAUUCAACUAACUUUUAAAGGAAGGAAACUGGAAUAUGGCUUAAGCUACAGGAAAAGGACUGUAAAAUCACAAGUUAUGAUAACAAAAUAUAUUAUGGUUUGUUCCCAUCAAUUCAUUCCUUCUGCCAAUAUCCUUCAUGUGAAGAAAGCAGUGGUAGAGAUUGCAUUGAUAGAACCUGAGUAAACCAAACUAAAAGGCUUUCUGUCUGUGGCUUGAUCACCUCAAUAAACAUUUAUUAUGUGCCAGGCAUUGUGAUAAACACUGGGGAUUAAAAAAAAAAGAGGCAAA